AUGCAGGCUGAACUGAAGCAAAAAAUCGAGGACAAACCGCGGGCUCUCAACCGGGCUCUGGAUGAACUGCAUAACGACCAGGGCAGUCGGGUAAAUGUGGCCGAAUCUGUGCUUGAGUUAAUUAAUGUGGUUUGGCCGAAUCCAGCACAAGGAGGGCAUGAUUCGACCAACUUUCGCCAGGUUAUGCGUUAUGUCUCAAACCUACUUCGCUCCGGCGAUGAGGACCAGUUGCUGUCAUCUCGCUCGAUUCCGUCGCCUACGUACAAAAGCGUCGAUAUGCCGUCGCCCGCUUAUCCACCAUUUAUGGAGAGAGGUGGCGCAGAGCACACGACCGCACGUGCAAAGAGCCCUCUAGAUCGAGUGGAUGGUCUUCAGACGGGCCACGUGGAAACAGAUUCUCUGAACAUGGCUAUUUCACCUACCGACCUUGCGGCUAUCUUCCCAUAA